CGCAAGGAAGUUGCUGAGAUGGCCAAGACACGUAUGAAGCAGCUUCAGUGGGAUAAGCUAUCCGCCCAGCACGCAGCGGAAACGGUGUGGAGCAAAGCGACGGUCGAUGAGCAGCGCAUCACAGAAAUCAUGAAGAAAGAGGGCUUCUUCGAGGAGAUGGAAGAAGACUUCAAGGCCAAGCAAGUGGCACGACGGGCGACUGCCGCGACCAAGAAAGACAAGAUCGAGCUCAAAACGCAUCUCAGCUUGCAGACGCGUCAAGGGAUCGAGAUGGUGCUGCUCAGAGUCAAGUCCAAUUUGACAAAGGCAAAGCACGCCACGCCUGAGGAGGUUGCACACGAUAUUGUCAACUGCAACGAAUCCAUUCUUGACCAAGGCUUUUUGUCGGAGCUAUUGCGGCACUAUCCCGAGUCCGAAACCAAGGGCCAGCUGGGCGAAUACCGCAACGCCAGCAACGAAGCAUUACGUUUACUGCACCCUGCUGACCGCUUGGUGGUCUUGCUGAUGACUGUGCCGCACCUCAAAGAGAAGGUACAAGGACUUCUCUACCUGACCAAGUAUCGCGAAACCUACGACCUGAUCAAGGAAGGUGCUGCCAAAAUUCGUGAGGGCGCAGAAGCCAUCAUGAAGGCGGGGAACUUCGCUCGCUUGCUCAACAUUAUUUUGAUGAUGGGCAAUUUCCUCAACUCGACCGGUGUGCAAGGAGGCGCCUUUGGCUUCAAGAUCAGCUCGAUCAACAAGCUUGUGGAUACCAAAGCGUCGGACGGAACCACCCUGCUCCACUUCGUUGAGCGCACUGUUAGCAAGUGUUUCCCGGAGAUUGAGUCCUUCCUCGAGGAACUUGAUGCGCCUUCGGAGGCUUGCAGGGUGCAAUUGCUCGAUCUCAAGAGAGAUCUUGCUGAGCUCAAGUCUGGGAGCUUUCAGCACAAGAAAGAGUUGGACCGGUUCUUGGACGAAAAUGAAGAGAACCUCAACGACCCAUAUGCCAAAUUGAUGCUGCCAUUCCUUAGAGAGGCGAGCUCAGAGUUGUCUCGACUGAGCGACCAAGUCCAAUAUACAGAGCGAAUCUACGGGGAUGCGCUGAAGUACUUUGGCGAGGGACCCGAUCCCAAGCGACGGGGCUUCCCUGCUCCGCAGCUCAUGCGGACAGAAGAUUUCUUUGGCAUCUUCAAAGAAUUCAUCGCUGCCUACAAAAAGAUCAAAAUGGACAACGUGCGGAUUGGCGAGCAACGACAGAUAGAAGCAAAACGACGCGCUGCAGCAGAAGAAAAGGAGAAAGAGCGUCAAGAGGCUCUCGCGCGGAAGGAGGCAGGCGUGGAUGACAGCCUUGUCCUCGAGACGCUACUCGGCAAUUUGCGUCAGAGCGGAGGCACUCCAAAGAACAAGCGAAAGGCUCGCGAGCGCCGUUCGGCAGCAAAGGAGAAUGUCAAUGCCAGUCCUACUCCUAUGGAUGGAAACCCGUCUGACCUGGCGGCUGCAAUGCUCGCCAAAUUGCAAGGUGGUCAA